AUGCCGUUCGACACUUCUUUGACUAGGGCUUUGGGGAUCCGGGUACCCGUCGUGCAAGGUGGGCUUCAAUGGGUCGCCUACGCUGAACUUGCUGCAGCGGUGAGUAAUGCCGGAGGGCUGGGCAUUAUAAAUGCCUUGACACAAUCGGAUCCUGAGCACCUCCGUCAAGAGAUCAGAAAAACUAGGGCUUUAACGAAGAACCCCUUUGGUGUCAAUGUUACCCUUCUCCCCGCUCUUAAUCCCCCCGACUACCCUGCAUUUGUACAGGCAAUUGUCGAUGAAGGGGUCAAAAUCGUCGAGACUGCAGGAAACAGCCCGGGCCCCGUCAUACAGCAGCUGAAAGCUGCAGGCGUAAUUAUCAUCCAUAAGGCAACAACGAUCAGACACGCCAAAGCCGCUAUCAAACUGGGGGCCGAUAUCCUCUCAAUCGAUGGGUUCGAGUGCGCUGGCCAUGUCGGCGAGUCUGACAUUGCUUCGUUAAUCCUGAACGGUCGCGCCCGGCAAGAACUCGGUGACACUCCGUUUAUCGCCUCAGGCGGCUACGCAGAUGGGUAUGGGUUGAUGGCAGCUCUAAGUCUGGGAGCUGCGGGAAUCAAUAUGGGCACUCGCUUUAUGUGCACAAUAGAAGCCCCGAUCCAUAUGAACGUGAAGCUCGCGAUCGUCAAAGCCGACGAGCAUCAAACAAGUCUCAUCUUGAGGCGGUGGAAGAACACGAGCCGGAUGUACUCUAACCAAAUGACGACUAAAGCGAUCGAGAUCGAGUCCACAAGCGCUAGAGGAGAAUUUAUCGAAGUUGCCCCUAUCGUUAGUGGAGUUCGUGGGAAAGAAGUUCUUUUGCACGGAGAUAUUCAACAUGGAGUACGAAUACAUACCACCCUGGUCUGGUAUGCUGGGCAGGUGAUGGGGUUGAUACAUGACAUUCCAACCUGCGCUCAGCUUAUGAAACGUAUUGAAAGGGAAGCGACGGGAGCCCUCUCUGAUCUUUCACAAUGUGUGAUGAAAGAGGAGCUACGCAGUAGACUGUGA